UGUAGCUGGUGUAAAUAUGGAAUAAUGUGGGGGAUGCGGCAGGUAGGUCGGACAGUGUGUGAGGGGCGAGGAGCAGAGUCACCGGUGCCUCGCUCUCAUUUCAAACGCAGAUCUGCAGCAUCUCAGGUUUUCGCUUCCGAGGCCCCGCCCCCGCUCUCACAGUCUCCGGAUGGGCGGGGGUUUUCUUUCCGUUCUCUGUUGAAGCUGAUCGUCGGCGUGGAGCCGGUGGACGGAUCUCGCUGCUCUCCGGACAAAUUGAUGAUGUUCUCAUCGAACAGUAAAAACUGAUCACACCUCUCACCAAAAUGGGUCAAGGUUCGAGCAGUGGAAGAGCUCCAGUGACGUCAACAUCGGGAAAGGACACGGAGCAGCAAAAACUGAAAACUCCUGCCCACAAAAUGGGUCAAGGUUCGAGCAGUGGAGAAGCUCCAAUGACGUCAACAUCAGGAAAGGACACGGGUCCGGGCUCAGUGAUCACCGAGCUCCUGGCAAACUGUGACGAUUCCCAGCUGCUGCGGUUGACGGAUAUCUACCGGGACAGGCUGGAGCAGGCGAUGGAAGGAGGGGUGCACGGAGUGAGCCUGGCGUUAAUGGCCAAGAAUCAGUUCAGUGUACAGGAACAUCGGAAAAUCUCUGAUCUCGCUGAUAAGGGAGAGCGGGCGGACAGUUCUAAACUCCUCCUGAGCCUGGUGAUGGAGAAAGGCUCCCGCGCCCCGAGGGUGAUGUGGGAAACUUUUGUAAAAAUGAGGAUUGGUGUUCCAGAGUUGGACAAAAUACUGAAGGAAAUACAGGAACAUGGUUGUGAUUCUUCCCAUCGACCAAUUUCCGCUCAACAUUUACUAAAGCUUCUCGGUGAGCUGAAAGAUCUGAGAGUGAUCACCAAGCUCCUGGCAAGCUGGGACGAUUCCCAGCUGCUGCGAUUGAUGGACUUCUACCGGGACAGGCUGGAGCAGGCGAUGGAAGGAGGGGUGCACGGAGUGAGCCUGGCGUUAACGGCCGAGAAUCAGUUCAGCGGAGAGGAACAUCGGAAAAUCUCUGAUCUCGCUGAUAAGGGAGAGCGGGCGGACAGUUCUAAACUCCUCCUGAGCCUGGUGAUGGAGAAAGGCUCCCGCGCCCGGAGGAUGAUGUGGGAAACCUUUGUCAAAAUGCGGAUUGGUGUCCCAAAGCUGGACAGAAUACUGAAGGAAUUACAGAUAUAUGGUGAGAUAAUAUCAGAGACUAAUUUAAAUUUGGAUUGA